UUAAUGUCAUUUAAAAACCCAGAGAGUCUUAAAGACAGAAAGAAGACAAAACUCGCUAAAAAUGAUAGUUCCUUAAAGUUCGUGGGCGAUGAUAAAGAUAAAUCACCACACAUCAAUAUAACCAUUGACUCCGACGAAGAGGUCACACCACCCGUAGCAAUUGAAGUUCAUUUGUCAGACUCAGAUGCGGCGUCCUUAUCCGACAUUGAUUUAACUGAUGAUGAGCAAAGUGUUAGUCAUAGACGGAAAGCGGCCAAACGGUUGUCGAAAAGAUUGUCUGUUUCAUAUACUGGGGAAUUCAACAUUGAUGCGUAUUAUAUCGAUUCCAUGUUCACACCACUUUUAUUCUCAAUAAUUCAAUUCAUCACAAUUGAAGAUUCAUCCUUGGGAACACUGCUCCAAAUGCAUAAAACGUUGGGGCUUAUGAUACAACAAAAACCCGAUCUCUAUCUUGACAUAAUUGAAAUCAUAGCUCACGGGGAUCCUACAAGUCGAAAGCUGGCAACUUGUAUACUAUUCUCUUUCUGGGGAAAUAGCAUCGGACUCCCAGUGAUUGGAGAGGAUUUGCUCGGUGUAAGAUAUUUAGAUUGUUUAAGAGCGUACGAGAAUCUUAAGGGUCAAGAUGGAGCCAAAAGUCAGCAGUCCCAAAAUGCGCACGAUCACCAAUUAUUUCCGCAUAUAUUCUCCGAUGAUUAUUCACAAAAUAGUGACAAGUUUUCGCUGGAUUUUUUGGAUAAUAAAAAAGUUCAACCAUCCCCCACUGACGUCCCAAAUGCGUGUUUUCAGUGUUUCAAACCAGUUGUUGGGUUUUGUUUGCGAUGUAAUAUCUGCAAAUUAAGUUUACAUUUUGGAUGUUAUAAUUCGGAUGAAAGUGGAUUUCUAACAGAAUAUUCAUCGGAGUCUGGGGUUCAUAAAUUGUCGACUCCGAGAUAUUGUAAUAUUAUAUGCGGAGCCAGAGAACCUGAUUUCAUCAAUAAUCAUAUAGCCGAUUACCGCGCCGCUAUUAUCUCAGAGCACGUAUCCGGUCAUACGUUUCAUCUUAUAAAUCUUUUUACAUUGACUUUAUGCAUGGUUUGUCGAUUACCAUUAUGGGGAGUUAUGUAUCAAGGUUACAGGUGUGAAACUUGUAACCGUUUUAUACAUCCAUAUUGUUUGAAAUCCAAGACUUUGGAAACAGAUACACAUUGUCAUCAAUCUGUUCUAAGCGAAAGUGAUGCACUGAUUGAUCACGAAAGUUUGCGUGAGAGUUUCAAGGAUUACUAUGGGCAGAUCGUACUCUCCGGAGAAGUAAUCUCGACAUACAAUUACGAGGAAUUAUCGGUUAUGGCCACAAUAUUUCAGAUGCAAAACAAUAUUCUGAACAACGGGCUUCUGGCCGGUUGUUUAAUUAUAAAACCGAAACUCACCAAUCCUCUAUCGAUGACUAAUGAAAAAUUCGAAAAAUUCGAACUCCAGGAGGCAAUCACUAUUUAUGAGUCAUACCUCGAGAGUGGAAAAGUUUAUUUGACGCCAACAUCUAAUGAGUAUUGGGAAGGGACUAAUAGAAAAUAUGACUUGUGGUUAAUUUCAAGUGAAGAUUACUUAGCUCACUUGGCCGCGGUGAUUAAAUCUGGAAAUGAAUCGGAAUUUGCAGAAACCGAUCGUACCGACUUUCAUUUAAGUGUGAAUAUGUUAGGUGCCAAUCUGGCAUCGACAGCAGAUAAUAAUGUAUUUCCGGAUGGGAUUUUAACUACCAAAGAAAUAAUCAGGUGGAUGAAAAAAAAAAUGGGAUUUCACAACGAUUUCUCGGUGAAGGUAUUUUUACAACAAAUGGCCAACUAUGGUUUCUUGGAAAGAGUCGAUGGACAUCCGAUAUUGUUUAAUGGAGUUAAUAGCGAGGAAAGUGAUGGUCACGAAUGCUUCUUUCCAUUGCCAUUCGCGACAGAGUGUUCUCCCACAGUAGAGACCUUGCUUGCAACGAUUUCCGUGUGCUUAUCGGACAUUAAUAUAUCGAUUAACGAAUGUGGUUUCCUUCUGAUGACACGACGUUGCUGGCCAGAUCCUUACUUAUCAAAAUAUGUAUUAGAACGAUUGAUUUAUUCGGUUAUCGAGUGGAUUUGCGACGAUGACGAAAAAUUGCUAACAGUCGCCAAGGAAUAUACCGCCUUACAUCUCAAGCCUCCAGGUGUUCAUCAUGAGAUGGAAGAAAAACGAAGUGAUCUAGGCCAUUCCAGUCAGAGAAGUUCACAUGUUCCUAACACCGCUGGCGGAGGUGCAUAUAUUGUAAGCCGUCAGAUGUUAAAUGAAAAGUAUCUCUUUGGCUGGAUGUCAAAAAUUCAUCAUAUGGACAGAGAAUUAUUUUGUGACAUAGUAUACGAACAAAUUGAGAGAGUUUAUGAAAACAAAAGGAAACAUGAAAAAUCGGAUGGAGACUCGGAGGACGUAUUUCGUGAUUAUGAUAAUAUAUUGAAACUUAUCGUAAAAUUGUGUAACUCCGGCUUGUUGUUUACAUCCUGCAAUGAUAUAAUAUCGCGUUGGCUAGAUAACGCGUGUUUUGUAUUGAGACAUCAACCAAAGGUCUUUGUAGAAUUAAGAACCUUGUACAAAAUGUUUAGUCCCUUAGGGAGUUCUAUACGGAGAACUUCUUCAUUGGAACAAUCAACUGCAUUUCCGGAGAACAAUAAAAUUGAAGUUAUCGAUCCGAUUGAGAUAAUUACUCAAACUUUCGAGGAAAAUGAUAAUGCUCAACUGAUGCGAGCUUUGCAAUGGAUAGAUUUAAUAGUACGCUCGAGCGUUGGAUUUAGGGGCUCUGUUUUCGCAGAUUUUCUUUCAUCCCUAAAAAAGCACACACCAUCCCUCGAACAAUACGCAACAUUUCUGCAAAUUAUGUGGCAUCAAGUCAUAAUUGGGUUGGGUCAUCUGAUCACGCGAGGCGUCAUACUGGAGUUAGUGUCCGAUAUAAACGAGACCGCUUUUGAUGCGAUCAAGAAGAUUAACGAGGAAGGUUAUGGCGCGGAAAUCUCCAGCGUCCCUAAAAGAAUAUCCAAUAUUCCAGAUCCUACUCAAGGUGCUAAUGUUACAGUGGAAGCAUCUUUGAUGCAAUAUUUGCUAGAAUAUGCAAGAUGCGAGAAGCUAGAAGUUCGUAGUGAUGUUGUUAAAACGUCAUGGCUACUUUUUACCGAAGCCGGUCUUAUAUUUAACAAGAAUGAAUUUAUCAUUAACAGUGUUCCAAAAUUGUUACCAAGUGUUUGGGAAGAACUUUCACCUAUAUAUGACUUUUCAUCCAAUAUAACAAUGCCUCUAUUGAUAAGAAUGAUCUGGGCGGAUUCUCGUUUCUUUCUUGCUUCGGUCAGCAAAGUGUUUGAACAUCAAAGCUGGGAAGUAAGAUUUGAUGGACUCGACAAGUUAUUUAGUUUGUUCUCCAAACUUGAUGAAAGGUUUAAUAUUCAGAGAGCUGGAGUAUUUUCUUAUUUGGGACCAGUGUUUAGUUAUUUUGUCUGCUGUCUCUGGGAUCACGAGGAAUAUGUUCGAACGAAAGCUAUAUCAUAUAUUAGGGCAAUGCGCUCACAGCAACUUCGCUUAGCGUUUAAAUGUUGGGAAGGAUAUUUUAUGGUGGCCAAUAAUCGAGAGAAAACGUUAUUAUGCCGAUUCAUGUUAAAGCUUAAUGCAAAAUUUCCGAAAUGGCAGGUUAUCGAAUGGGGUAUUUUAUUGGAUGCUUUAAAUCAAGAAGACAAUGGAGCGGAAACAGUGACCACGACAGAAAUCUUGGAAAGUUAUGUUAGACCUGACAGCAUUCUGGUUAUUGGUCUCAAAAACCUUCAAGAUGAAAGUUUUAAUUUGACGCCUGGUCAGAGAGCCGCAGAAGAACAGAAUUUAAAGGUUAUAAUGUUGACCCUUGCGCUUCAAAUGUUGGCCAAUGGCAUAGAUAUCAAGCAAGAUCAUUUGUUCAUAAUGAAAUAUUUGGUUGUGAAAAAUUUGGGGUUUGCAGAUUGCAAGCUCGAGUUAAUUAACGGAUCGAACAACUUAUCAUACGGAGAAUUAAAAUACAGUCCCGAAGAUUUUACUCAAAAUAUGAUGAUGGUUUCUUGCCUUGGGAACCUUAAGAGAGUACUCGACACCCCGAUCUACCUUAGAUCCACGGAUGUAGUUUCCGAAGAUGCCGUGGUGCUAUCUGAAGGGGAGGACGAAUUAUUAGGAGGAUUUUUCGUUGAUGUUGUAUUUGCAUUAUUUAAUUCCUCGGUGGAUAUGUCAAAAUUAAGUCAUAUCACGUUAAAAAUGUGGAUUGAAUUAUUACUUAUCAUUGUUUACAAGCACAAAAUUGAAGACCGAAAUAAUAAGGGGUUGGAGGAAGGCCUGAUUAAUGCGAUGAGGCAAAUUUCCGAUUUACUGUUAAAAGACAUAACCGAAGAGAAUAAACAACUUUCCAUCGAAUUGGCGACAUCACUAUUAAAAAGAGCACCGAUGUUAACCGUUAAUAUUCUUGGUAAACAAAUCAUUACGCUAGGAAAACUUUUGACGAAACUUCCAAAUGAUACGAAUAAUUCGUUGGUGAUGAGUGGAAAAACCUUUUUAAGAGCGGCCUUUCUAAAGUUUGCGCGAAAUGGUUUAUUUGUCUUGAUCUUUAAGAAUCAGAUAGUUGCUGACGAAAAUCAAGCAGAACUCGACAUGUUUCGAGUUCUUCGGGAUGUGAUACAUGACCAACAGAUUCCGGUUGAGGACGAAUCUUUGGAACCUUCUUACCUUCGUGAUGAACCGAUUCGAGAUGUGUUUAAUCAACUAUUUAAAUUUACAAAUAGGAAGAUUGUUUCGACAAUUUUGUUUAAUCUAAGCAAAUACGUGGAACUUGUUUAUUCCAAGCCCUAUAGUGAACAGUUGAUGGGUGAAUUGAGUCAAUUCCUAAUAAAGCUCACAAAACACACUAGCGAAUGGAAAGAAGUCGACUGGGAUGUAAACCCUGUGUUAAAUAUGAUUUCCGUGAUUAUGAAUGAUAAUCCAACUAAUGCAGCGGUAUUUGUAAUUCCAUCCUUGUUUAUUUUUGCAACUUCUGCCAGGAGGCACUAUCACAUCAUCGAACAAAGAAUCUUUGAUUCCGCGACUUCCAUUUCAAGUGACUUGAAUCUAUUGUUUUCAAUUGACCGGACUCAUCAACCAUAUUUUUCAAAUGUAAUUGAAUAUUUAUUUGAUGACUGUAUGAACUUUUUGGAAAGUCCACCUGUUUCCAAAACAUACUCAAGGAAGGAAUUUAAAGUGGGAGUCUGUUCGUGCCAAGUGGCUGUCGCCAUGUGCAAUCAAGAUUACGAUUUACUUAAGAAAAUAUUCUUAUGGCAAAAGCCGAUAGAUACUCGUCGCACCAUUCGACUUUUCAAUUGGAUUCUGUUAGGAAUUUUAACCACCAAUUCUUCAACUAAUCUGAUGACGACGGUUUUCAAUUUUCAAGAUAACGUGUCGGAUCUCCUAUUGCUUGCAUUAAAGCAGCCAUUUAAUGAUGUAGUUGGGGAGUCGGAUUAUCUACAUACUCCAUCCGGUGAAUUGAUUUACCAAUCGUUUAUUCUAAUCAAGAUUUGGACGACUUUAUGUUCAUUUAUUUCCAAACAACAAACGAAAACAUCGUCUCAAUCACCUUCGGGACGUGAUCAGGAUAAAGGCAAAAUGGUUGGCGCACCAAGAGUGCACCAAAAACUUUCCGCUACUUUGUCAACAGCUGAAAGAAGAUUUUGGAAUUCUAUAUGGCCAAGCAUCAAAAAACCAUUGGUUGGAAUCAUUUUUGAAAAAGAACUACAAGCAAAUGGUGCUGUCUACUGGGAAAUGUUUAUAGAUCUGAUUACAUACUUGAAUUUGUGUGGAUCUGAUAUUGUGAUGCUAUACUCUCAAGAAUGGACCACGCUGCUGGAUUCUAUAUCUAAGGAGGACUUCACGAUAUCUGCGUCAUCGGAAUUUUUGCAACGGAUCAAUCAAGCACGCACCAUGUUUAAUGAUCCACCAUUGAUGAUGCAAGAUGAUAUGUUGAUUACGCAACUAUAUUUGGAAAUGAGAGAAGAUAUGACAUUAUAUUGUGAAAUCAAUAGUGGCGGCACUGGCAAAAUAUUUGGUUCCUAUAUUUAA